AAUUUGCAUUCGUUCUGGCGUCAACAAUUGAUCACGUUUCGUCUCAAAUGAAGAGCCUUUUAUUUUCUGCCAAUGGCGCGGCGAGAAUUCCCUCUUCCGCGAAACCCGUUCGCACGCCCCUUGCGCGCGCGCUCGCAUGCGCGUGUGCCGCUGCGGUGCGCGGGAGCGUGCAUCUUCCUCUGCACGACCACUGCGGACAAGACAGACGGCGACCGGCCGGGCGGCUCGUUUCGCUUCUUUUGUCUUCUUGCGUUCAAGGUGAAAGUGAGACGUCUCAUCAGGAGGAUGAUGAUGAUGAGGAGUUCGCCGUCAGACAAGAUGAAAAGAAAAUGGACCAAGGACAGUGUCACUCUGUUGCCAUGCUUCUACUUUGUCGAGCUCCCCAUCGCGGCGUCGUCCAUGGUGUCGCUUUACUUCCUGGAGUUGACGGACGUGCUGCGGCCUCCGCGGCUGGGCUUUCGCUGUCACGACCGCGAUCUCAGCAAACCCUACGUGGACGGAGGCCAAGAAAUGAUUCCGCUGCUCAUGUUGCUCAGUCUGGCCUUCGCCGGCCCGGCCGCCUCGAUCAUGCUAGUGGAGGCCUUCGUCUACUUGCUGCAGUCCCGAACCAAAGCGGAAGGCAGCGUCAACGCGGGAGGCUGCAACUUCAACUCCUUCCUGAGGAGGACCGUCCGCUUUGUGGGCGUGCACGUGUUCGGUCUGUGCGCGACGGCGCUGGUCACCGACGUCAUCCAGCUGUCGACGGGCUACCACGCUCCCUUCUUCCUCACCGUGUGCAAGCCCAACUACAGCCACGUCUCCUGCGACGCCAACGCCUACGUCACCAAAGACAUUUGCUCCGGACACGAUCAGCAGGCCAUCGCGGCCGCCAGGAAAACCUUCCCGUCCCGGCACGCGACUCUGUCCGCUUUUGCCGCGGUGUACGUUUCGGUAAGUCGGACCCAAUGUGCGAGUCGCGCGACCCAAAAGCUUUUCCGGGACCGGGCGGUCACCGUCUGUCCCCCGCGACCGCUCCUUUGCGAAGCUUCGCGUGUGCCGUGCGUCCCUCCCCGGCAGAUGUAUUUCAACUCGGCCGUCUGGGACGGCGCCAAGCUGCUGAAGCCCGUCUUGGUGUUGGCGUUCGCCAUCGCCGCCGCGCUGAGCGGCCUGACUCAGAUCACGCAGCACCGCAGCCACCCCGUCGAUGUCUACGUGGGCUUUGCCGUAGGCGCUUUCAUCGCCGCCUACCUGGCUUUUCACGCCGCGGCCAACUUCAAGUCCUCCGACGUCCCUCCGGCCGCGCCCUCCCCGCCGAGCCCGGAGGACCCUUUGCGAGCGUUGACCGAGCGAGGGCACCAGUCGGUCUACAACAAGGGGCCCGCCUCGGCCUCCGAGAGCAACGACGAGAUAGCCUCGACCCCGGGGCCCCCCGCGGAAAGCCCGAAGAGGGCCGGCGCGGACGCGGAGCUCGCGGCCCCGCGCGGCCCCACGGCCAAGGAGACCAUGCUGACGUUCGGCAACGCUUUACCUCGAAGUGGCGUCGCCGACGGCGACGGAACACCCGCUCCGGUCCAGCCACGCCCGACAGCGCUCGGCGUGCCCUCGGACCCCGUUUCGUCACGGCGUCUGGUGUCGGAAUGGAAGCGGGGCUCCGCCGAAAUGCGGCUCCAAAGCGCGCGUGACGAGAUGGAGCGCGCCGACAGCGGCUCGGAGGCGGGCGUCCGUGACCGAGGUUCUCCCGCCCUCGUCCGCCACCCUUGCAAGCCGACCCCGACUCCUCCCGCGGGCGCCGCGGCCCCGCCCAGACCGCCGCAGAUCCCGCAAGCGGGACCGCCUCCGGUUUCCCCCAAGACCUCCUCGGCCCGCGCCAAGUGGUUAGCCAUUCGAGAGAAGAGCGGCGCCGAGGCGUCGGGUCGCCUGGCGGCCGGCCAGCCGAGACCGGUUCAGGUGGUAGCCGCGUCCCAGCGGCGAGACCUCCCGCCGUCGCCGUCCUCUGCGGAAAAAUCCCCGGAAAGCGCUUCCGCUUGUCGCGGCUCCUCGAGCGCCGCCCCGUGGUCCCCGCGCCGCGGGCCGCCCGCCGAGAAGCGGCAUGAAGCCGUCGUCACCGUGGACGCCCGCGCCUCUCGCCACCCCCCGACCCGGAGCCCGCCGAGUCCCUGGGAGUGGGCCGGGCCCGACCCGCGCGACGCCUACCGCCCGCGCAGCCCGCGAGCGGGAGACUCCAGCUUUCGACCCGAGCGAGCCGCCGCCGGAGCUUCUGGACCGUCGCCGCCCCGGACGCAAUUGGAGGUGUUGACGGAUGCGCAGCGCGAGGAAAUGGCCUCGAGACGCAAGACGGCGCCGGUUCUGCUGGAGCAGGACGCUCACCUGACAAACGAGAACCACCUGCGUAGUUUCCGCGGUCGCAGCAUGAAGGAGUAGUCGAGUGGCUGACUUGAAAAAGAAAAGAAAAGAAAAAAAUGCUCCCAUUUUGGAGACAGCGGUGCCUGCGAUGGUCGUCGUAUCGAUUCGUCACGUUUGAUUGUAACUGCCCGCUUUCUUGAGCGGUGGGCGGGGCCCCCUGAGUCUCACGGUCUUGGCCGGCGACAUCCGUAUGUAUCGAAAGCCCGAUCGUACGUCGACCUCGCCGCCAUGUUGGAUUUGGACAAGAAAGCCGUCCAAGAAGAGCACAAUCGGAAUGGUGACAAGUUGAGAACUUUCCGCCUUUGCGCAGGAAGCGUUUUGCCCUCACGACUGACGAUGGACUUUUAUUCACGACAACGCCCGUCAUCCAAUACUGGAUCACAUUCAUCCAACGCUUCGGUAAACGUUCAGAGGCGCUCGACGUGCAAAUCUUUUCAUUUUGACCACACCACCUGCUGAUUUUGCGACAAAAUGGGAAUCUCAAAUUUCCCCCGUGAGUGCCGUGAUUCCUGCUCGCGCUGCUCCCAAUCACCGAAUAUCCAAGACAAACGCCCGAAUCGGUGAACGGUCAACAUGAGUUGCGCUGCUUCAGAAAACCUUUGCGUCGCCGGAUCCAAUUAUUCCAGCAAGUCGUUGCAACGUAUCGUUCCUGUACCGGCGGCGUGACAAGCGCUAGGCCUAAACACCGAGUUCAAGGUUUAGUGCCGACAUGUAUCUCGAUACCAGAAAGAUUUGGAACCGUCACUUGACAAGAACUUGUUUGCUUUUGCUUUCCCAAAUGUUGCGGCUUUCCGAAGUUCCGUUUACCGACUUGGUUAAAAAGCGGAUACGCCACAUCCAAUAUGGCGACCGCAGCGACGUGUCACCGCAACACGAGGUGGCCGCCGACGCGUGUCGACGGGCCGGAACCGCGUCGGCGACGCGAAGCGCCUCGUGCCUGCGCCGCCGUCCGUUGGAAGAAACCCGUCCCGGCUCCGGCGGCCGUUUGCCACCUUCGCCGCCCCCCGGGGGGGGGGGCUGCGAUCCAGCCGUCCGCGCGAGCCCCGCCGGUCACCGGCCACACGGAGACAAACCAACCUUCCUCAGUGAUGUCUCGGAUGGACGGAACUAGGAAACUCGGCCAAAAAAGGGACUUGCGCUCGCUCGGGGCCAACGUGCAAAAAAAAAAAGUCCACGCGGGUCCGAUUGCAAGCUCAGGCAACCUUUGGAUGUGACAACGUUUAUUGAAUGUAAACAAGGGCCGCAUGACAAAUAAAAUGUCUUUCAAAUGGAAA